AAUUGCCAUUUUGACAUGGUUGUACUUGCGGUACUUUGUCCCUCGGCGGCACUGAUCCGAAGGAGGAUUGUUGCGUCGGCGGCCCGGGCCCGGGCUCGCUGUGCCAUGGGCUCCCGCGCUAAGGUAUUGCAGCUUUUCAAAGCUUUGCAUAGAACAAGGAAAGAGGUGUUCAGCGGUGAUGAAAAAACACUGGAAGCUGCAAGGCAGAAGAUUAAUUCUGAAUUCCGGAACCACCGUAAUGAAUCAUCUCCAGAGCAAAUAUCUGAGUUAAUUAAAUUAGGAUCAGAUAUAGAAAUAAUUCUCAGGAAGACUGUAAUCCAGGGAAUUCACACCAAACAUGAUACCAUUUUUCUAAGACCCAGGGAAGAUGUUCUGCUGGAUAAUGUGCCCUUCAACGAUAAUCCUACGAAGAAAACUAAUUAGUGUAAGAAAUAUUUCGGUGAAGGUUUGGACUUCAUGUAUUCUUAUUGAAACUACAGCAUCUUGAAGUUGUUGAAAGGCUGUUGAAAUUUUUAAGGACUAAAGGCUGAUUUAUACUCGUGCGUACGGGCUACGCCACAGCCUAUGCCAUAACCCUGAUUUUCACUUUUGCAUCGCUCUACACUAUAGCGAGCAUGCGUUGGUGUGCACCAAAACGCUAGUUGGCGGUGGGGUUUCUAUGCCACUGUGUUGAGUUUCUUUGUGAGAGACAUGGACGAGGAAAUGCAUUUCAAACAUUUGUGCAUGACGGCAGGUAGAUUUAAUGAUUUGGUUCAUCUGUUUCGCAUCGGUGUACGCACAGCCCACAAACAUUCCAGAGAAGCAACCGGAAAUUUGUAGGAGGAAAUGCGAUGCUACCAAGCGGACCAAUCACAGUUGUUGCUGUCUGCGUUUACUGUGACGUGCGAGUAACUUUUCUGGAGAGGUGCAUGUCACCCUACAGCAUAGGGUACGGCGUAGCGUACGCGUUACCUAUGGCGUUGAUGCAACACACAAGUAUAAAUCAGCCUUAAACAUAAUCAAGGUGUGGUUAUACAGAACCUGAUUUGUAUUCUCUGGACAAGUAUGAACUCUGCACUUGUACUCUAGAUUUUUCUGUUCCAUUUCGUUCACUAGUGCCCUACCAUUGAGAUUACAAGAACCACCUGGUUUGACUUUACAGUGCAAAAUAUUUUGAUAUUUCCACUGUACCUAACCAUUAAAUGAAUGAAAUUUCCUUGUUGUCAGUAGCAGUUUAGUUGUGGUAAGAGACCAGUGCUAACUUGUGGAAACAUUACAGAAUUAAUAACACUUAAGAAAAUUGAAACUUUUGGAUGAGAGCAUGACCCUCAGUCAAUUGAGUUCUCGUACUUCUAUUCUGUUGGUUGUGUUACUUGCCUAGUCAUUGCAAUUACCUUUUAUUGAUUAUUCAACAAAUAUAAAGCAAUACAAACACUCAUACUAGAAAUCUUUGGGAAUUCAGUCCAAGGUUAUCGUUUCGGCAAAUGGUAUUGAUUCCCUGUUCAUUUUCCCAACUUGAACAUGAUUAAUUAAUGUAUUUUUUUAAAAUAAUUCAGCUCUUCCUUCCCCUCUAUUUUUACAUGUAACCAGAAACGUGCAUUUAUAUGUAAUUUUUUGUUCAGUACCCCAAUUUAUAGAUCGGGGGGAUUACCUUACUAUCAGCUCAGAUUUGACUACUUGAAAUCAUUGUACCACAUGAUUCUCUUGUUUAAUUGAAUACUUUUGCCACAGCCCCUAUUUAUUAUUUAUCAGAAUUGGUCCUAGCCCCAGACUUGCUGCUUUUCAUGCUUUACCAGUAAUUUUUAGAACACUUAGUAAUCUAUGCAUCAGAUGAACAUUUUGUUCAUUUCUUUCUACUCAUGCUGCAUGUUACACACUUAUGUUUCCCUUCAUUUAUUACACAUUUCUAGGAAGCUGAAAAUGGGUCCACAUGCACGAUUUAGUUGCACUGUCUGAUUCCUCGUGCUGCUGUGAAUCUCAUGUGUUAUAAUGGAUGAAGUAUGUGAAUAAAAUUGUCUUGAUAAUGCAAGUUAUUUUUUGUAGAUAAUUAACUCAUUGGCCCUACAUUAAAUAAUGAACUUUCAUGACAAUGUCAAAAGCAGGGUUUUUUUAUAUUUGUGUUUUAUAACUUAUUUUCCAACUUGAGGUAAUAACUGUAUUGACCUUGAAUCGAUUCACUUUCAUACAAAUAAAAUAUUGCAAGAUAAAAUGAUUGGUGCUAGUCCUUUUAACUUGUGCUUAAAAUUUGCAAACACAUGAAUCUUGAGCCAGAAUAGGCCACAUGGCCCCUCAAGUCUACUCUGCCUUGAAUUAGGUCAUGGCUGUUCGGGAUAACUGAUACAUAAUAGAUAUUAAUGUCAGUUCAUUGCAGAGUAAUUUGCAUUUUUUCCACUUCAAAACUAAAAUUGUUUUUGUCUCCACAAAAUAUCAAAUCAGUAUCACAUGUUCUAAUUUAUCAUCACAUUCUUGAAAGCUGCAACUGAUUAACCACAUGAACUUUUCUAAGAAAUUUCACAUUAAGCAGUCAUGCAAGGAAAAUUGUGCAUCAUGCUGUUGUUGCCUAUUAUAUGUGGUAAAUUCAAAUAUAAGUGACAGUAAAUUUUACAUUAGGAUAGCUGACUGUUAUACCUAAUCCAUUGAAAGAUGUGAUGGAGUGUGACUUAGUACACUCUCAGAAUGUGUUUCACACGUCAGAAUUUGGUACUGUAGGUUAAGUUAUGAAACACUGAUCUUUAAUAAAGCUUUUCACAAAUAUCCAA